AUGACGGCGCCGCCCGGCUACGACCCGAGCCUGUACCCCGACGGGAUCGUCGUCUUCGGCUCGGACCAGAACUGCACACUCGCCACGUGCCCGGUCGAAUGGAGUAUCCUGCGCGCGCAGCCGUCGAUUGCGGCCAAUGCCGUCUUCAUCGCCGCCUUUGGCUCGAGCCUGCUCAUCCACGUGGUGCAGGGAGUAUGGACCAAGACGUGGGGUUUCCUGGCGGCCAUGGCGGCCGGGAGCAUCCUCGAGAUCGUCGGGUACGGGGGGCGCAUCAUGCUGCACGACAACCCGUUUAGCUUCGAUGGCUUCAUGAUGCAAGUCAUCUGCAUCACCAUUGCGCCCGUCUUCUACUGCGCGGCCAUCUAUGUCAUCUUUGCGCAAAUCAUCAACCACCUCGACGCCUCCCUCUCGCGCAUCAAGCCCAAGCUGCUGUACAUCAUCUUCAUCCCCUGCGACAUCAUCUCACUCAUCCUGCAGGCCGUCGGCGGCGCGCUGUCCGUCGUCGCCUCCACGCGGUCUGGUGUCGAGUCCGGCGAGCACAUCUCGUUGGCGGGCCUCAUCUUCCAGGUCAUCGCCCUGGGCACUUUUACCAUCAUCUUCAUCGACUACCUGUUCAGGUACAGGCGCGCGCAGAGGCGCAGCGGCGGGCGCGUCUCGCGCAGGACGUCGGUCUUUUUGCGCUUCUUGUUCCUGUCGGUCGUGCUGAUCCUGAUCCGCUGCGUCUACCGGAUCAUCGAGCUCCAAGGCGGGUACUUUAGCGCGACGUUCCGGAAUGAGGGUUUGUUUAUUGGGCUCGAGUCUAGCGUCAUGGCAGUGGCGGUGUUCUGCUUCAACGUCAGCCAUCCCGGGUUCUUCUUCAAGGACCAGGAUGCCAGGGAGAAGAUGACUUCCGAGUCCUCGACUGACUGA